AUGGCGCCAUUCGCCCCCAUUGUCUGCAUCGUUGAUUUCCACCACGCGAGAGGCCCGGAAGUGGAAACAUGGCUAGGCGUCGAAGAGGGUACUGACCCUGCGAGCGAUAAUGACUGGUCUCUACUGCCCUUCAUGGCCUUGAGCGAUGGCGCGCACGCUUCCACAGAAGACUACUCCUACUUUACUCUUCGACGCGAAGCAACAGAAAAUAGUCCCGCGACGAGUCUCUUCGGAAUAUCCUGCACACGACAGCUCGAUGCCAGUGAGCUUAUCAACAGGCCAGCGGACGUCACUCGAAGCACGGUACAAAAGGCGGUCGUGGUUAUCAGCGAUAGUCCACAACAUUUUGGGGCCGUCAAAGCACAGUUGGGUGUCGUUACGGCAGCUUGGUUUGCACAAAAGGAUUUCACGGACAUGGAGAUAAUGCAGAGGUUCCAAGAGAGCCUUCCCGUUUUUCUUAAGAAUCAAGAGGGGGAGAUGGACCAUUACUUUGGAAUAUCUCUUCGGGAGUUGAUACAUGAGUUCAAAUGGCAGACGCUUGUGCUGUUCAAAUGCGCCUUGCUGCAACCCAAGAUGCUCUUUUUCGGUUCCCAUUGCGAACGGUUAUGCAUGAUGCAAUUUGCACUUAUUUCUCUGAUACCCGGCCUUAUUCGCCAACUUCAAGACUCCGCUGAUCCUAAAUUCAAUUCCUAUGAAGAAAACCUUGUUAUGCCUACUUCCCUUCGAACUUCAGAACGAUCGUCAUUGUUAGCUUAUAUGGGCCUCCCACUACAACUCUUCGGUAAGGGCUCACUAUUUGGGCCGUAUACACCACUGCAGCAACUGGAUAUGCUUGCCGAUAAAGGCACCAAGUCAUAUAUCGUUGGCUCGACGAACUCGCUGCUGCUACAACAAAGGGAUCGAUACAGUGAUGUACUGAUCAAUCUCGAUGACCUUACGCUGAAUGUAACGUCGACAUCUCUUCGGACUGCGCUCGUACUAUCUACUCCCGAUCGGAGGUGGAUGGAUUUCCUGACUCAGACUGUUUAUGAUACCUGGGAUGAGUCAAACCCGAGUCGGCCCAAAGACCACGGGUAUGCCGGCAGCGAAGAGUUCAUUCGCAUGCAGUUCGAAGAAUACCUCCUCGCCCUACUCAGCGCAGUCAAAUGCAAGCUCUACUUGGAGAAGAACAAAGAGAAAGAGAAUCUCAUCCCAGACAUUGAGGGUGACCCGGCAGCUGAUUUCUCCAACGAGUUUAUCGACGCAUGGAUGAAGACGGAGAACUUCCGUUUGUUUAACAAGUUCACUGAUUCCCAUCUGUUUGAUAUCGUAGACCCGAAGCAUCCAUGCUCAGGUGGCCUUACGAUCGAGGAUGUCCAGCGGCGACUAGCACAGCAAGUAGCGGAAAUGCACUUGGAUGAGCGAUUGGAAAAGUCGCGCGAAGCCAUUGGCAAACAAUUCGCCGUCGGUCAGAAGAAGGUCUCGAGCGUGGUCAACAACCUCUGGGCCGAGAUGGAUGCCAUGCGGGAGGCCCAGAGGAAGAGGCAGGAAGAACAGAGACUACAGAGGGAGAGCGAAGUGUCCAGCACGAAUGGCGAAAAGCCAGCUGGAAGUGCCGCGAAUGCUCAAGCCAACGUGCCAACAGCCUCCUCGCGUGCCGGGGCGUAUCUGUCGUCAUGGGGUGCCUGGGCGUCAGAGAAGAAGAAGGGCUGGGCAGCAGCGAGAAGCACAACUACGACACCUCUCACUUCGCCCUUGCCACAGGCUGAGCCGACGCCUGGAGAUCUGCGGCGUGCAGAGGAAUUUGAGCAGAAGAAGAAGGGUGUCAGCACCGACAUUCCAUUAAGCAGUGCGAGAACAGUGCCUGUAGAUGUAGAAGCUAGUGCAGCAGCAGCGAACAGGGAGAGCCUCUUCUUUGAUGCAGAGAAGGAGCGAGAGAAGGAAAAGAGAAGCAAAGAUGCCGAGCAAAACUGA